CAAUUGGGAACAAUGCUUAUUGUCAACCAAUUGGUCGAUAAUAUUCUAGAGGGCACUUAUUAUGACUAUUUAGAGCUUUACAUACAAUUUGGUUAUGUGUUUCUGUUUCUGUCAAUCUUCCCAAUGGCGCCAAUCAUUGCAUUUUGCAAUAAUUGUGUCGAAAUUCGUUCCGAUUCUCUAAAACUGUGUUUCGGACACAAGAGACCACAUCAGAGAUCAGCUAAAAGUAUAAGCGGCUCGUGGAUGAAAGCAUUUGAAGUAAUGGGUAUCAUAUCUGUGAUGACAAACUGUGCGCUUCUAACAUAUCAUAUUAGGACUGAUUCUGGUAAUAUCAUAUGUAGUGCCAGAUAUGCCCAAACCGGUGAGCGUGGCUCUAAUGAAACAAAAGUAUGA